AUUACUAAGAAACAAACCAUAUGAUUCCAUCUCACAUGUUCUGAAACUGACACUUUGACCUCCAUUAGCUUGGCUUCAUCAAAAUUUAAUUUUAAUAUUUUUUUUUAAUUAAACCAGAAAUCAAGAAAACAAGAAAUUGUGAAGAACCAAUUGCACUUUUCAUCAAAAUAAAUAAAUAAACAAAAGAAAAACAAAGCCCAUGUCUAUAAAUAGGCAGCUUCUCAAGUUUGAACUUCCACCAACUCUCUAUAAUCCCACUAAAGCCCCCAAACAAUUUCAAGAAUGACGGUUAGGCCCCAAUUCCAUCUUCUGCUCCAAGCCCUCUUAUUCACAGAAUUAUUGUCAAUGGCUUCGUCGACGUUGUUCACUCUCCAAAACAGCUGCAGCUACACAGUUUGGCCAGGCACACUCUCCGGCAACGGCGCCGCCGCCGCCAUCGGCGGCGGCGGUUUCCCAUUGUCCCCGGGCGACACCAUUCACCUUCCCGCCCCACAGGGCUGGUCCGGCCGUUUCUGGGCCCGAACGGGCUGUGUUUUCGACGAUGCCGGAAAUGGCCAUUGCGAAACAGGAGACUGCGGCGGCGUGCUCCAAUGCACCCUCAGUGGCGCCCCACCCAUCUCCUUGGCGGAGUUCACGAUUGGAAGCGGCGGCGGGGUGGCGGCGAUGGACUUUUACGACAUCAGCUUGGUCGAUGGCUACAAUGUGGGCCUCUCCGUCCAGCCCUCCGGCGGGUCUGGAGACUGCCAGUCGGCGGGGUGCGUGGCGGAUGUGAACGCGAACUGCCCGGAGGAGCUGCAGGUGGUGGUGGAGGAGGGCGGCGGCGUGGUGGCGUGCAAGAGCGCGUGCGCGGCGUUCGGAUCGCCGGAGUUUUGCUGCACAGGGGAACACUCGACGCCCGACACGUGCGCGCCGACGCCGUACUCGGAGAUGUUCAAGAACGCGUGCCCGACGGCGUACAGUUAUGCCUACGAUGAUUUGUCGAGCACGUGCACUUGUACGGGCUCCGAUUAUCUCAUUACCUUUUGCCCAUCAACCUGAAUUAUUUAUUAAGACUGUAAUUUGUACACACACUUGGUUAUUUUAAAUACAUAUUAAAUUAAUUUUUCCAAU